AGAAAAUUGGCAUGGGUAGUACAUUUUGGAUCAAACACAAAAUCCCUAAGCCGAAAUCGAAAGAAUACAAAUUUGUUUCAAUUUUUUAAGUUUAAUCUGGAAAAUUAGAAAUAUUUUUCACGUAGUUUUGACGAGUGAAAAAUAAAUAAAUAAAUAAGAGGGGAUGGAGGGUGGAUGUGGAAGAGAAAAAGAAGAGGAACAAGAUGGCGUUUCUGUACAUUCCCCUUGCAAAGCUCCGCCUUCCUCCGCCUCCUCUGUACCUAAGGAGCAACAACAGGUAGAAUUGGAGCUGAGGCUAUUGGAAGCACUUGAAAUUUAUCCUCCCGUCAAAUUACGAGGCAUGCAUCGCCACUUUGUCCUCUAUGGUCUGAUGGAAUUCCUGCGAAGAAGUCUUGACCGGCAUUUUUCUCCAGAUGAGGUUUUGCAGUUGCUAGAUCGUUUCUACAACUUAGAAGUGCUGAAACCAGAUGAUGAAGAGUGGGAUAUCCUAAAUCAUGAGGAAGACUUUUGUUUGCCACAAAGUUAUUUUGUCAAGGAAGAACCUUAACUCAAUUUUGGGGGUCAUCCACAUUUGUCCUAGACUUUGUUCUUUACCUGAUCUGAUGCUUCUUGAUCAUAUUGCAGAAUAUUGUAAAAAAA